AAAAAAGCGGCCUCAAUUUGGUUAAUUUUUUAUUAUAUUUUUUAAAAAUCGAGUUUGGCUGGCUAAGAGAAGUCCUUAUAAGAGAGAAAAUUGGCUGCAGGUGGUAAUAUGGAUUUACAUCAGCUAGAAGAUAGAAGUGAUAUUAACAGUGAUUCUGAGCGGCUUGAAGCUUCACCAAGGUCUCGAGGAAAGGUGAAACACAUGAAAGCUUAUUUUGAACCUCAUGAGACCAGAGAUGAUGACCUGCCACACUUCAGUUUAUCGAAUAACCAGACUUCCAUGCAGAGCUUCACUUCUGAUGCUGAAGUGAAGUCCUCCAGGUUUGAUAUCCGUACUUCAGUAGAAGAACACAAGGUUUGUCCUGAGUGUGGUGACUUUCAGACUGAAUGUAAAUGUAAACAGCUAAAGGCCCCUCAAAAAGAACUUCCUGAGCCACAGAGGACUACUUCAUCAAAAAGUGAUACAAGACCUAGUGAAUGCAGUUUCAUUUCAAAUGCCAGUCUCAGCACUUUGCUGCCCCAUCCGAGCUCUUCUUCCAACGACCUGUUUGGAAGUGACGCCUCACUUCUAUUGGGAUCUUCUCAUGGAGAUGGGAAGCAUUUUCAGGAAACAGAUGCAAAGGCACAUGCUCAUUUGGGAAAUCAAGAAGAACAUGGUUUGGAAGCAGGUGAUUAUUGUAGGAUUGUGCCAGAAGAUAAAUGCAAGCCAAUUGAAGAAGAGGGUACUCAGAUUUGUGUAAAUAGGGAAAAUUUCGUUUUGCCUGAUGACUCAAUCUCAAGUCUCCUUCUGUUUCCUCCAUCUGAUGGCAUCUGUAGUGAAGAUAACACACAGCAAAAUCAGGAAGACUUAAGUCGGACAUCUACCUCUGAUAUUCUUUCAAUGCUUGAAAAAGAAGAGGAUCAUUCGACUGAAACUGCAGAUAGAGACAAUAAUUUCAAUAUUAACCAGGAAGGUCAUAAAGAGAGGGAGAAAGUGCCUGAAGAAGAGAAAAUGAUAAAACAGGAAAUAAAUGUUCAACUCAAGCUUAAAGUGAAAGAAACUGAAACAAGCAGCAGAACUGAUAACAUUCUGACUGAAUUGUCACAAAAAGUAAACACAGAAAUCUUAACCCCCUGUAAUGAUAUAUGCAAAACAGUUGAGAGUGUUCCUACAAUGCAAAUGGACAACUUAGAAGAAAGUCAACAAAAGGCAAUAACAUUGCAGGUUUUUGAACACACUUCAGCACCAGAGGAUUUAUCAUAUGAAAAAAUCAAGGAAACACAAGUUCAAAAGUCUGAAGAGGAUGUAAAAAGUUAUGAUGACCAAAGUAGCAUUACUGAUGGUGCUGAAUAUGAUAACACAAAAAGUGAUGACACCAGUGUUGUAAACUAUCAACAACCUGACCAAAUUUCAGAUUUAUCAGAACUUCAAGAUGAGUGGGUAUCUGAUCUUCAUGAUACUACUUACUCAGCAACAAACAAAUUUUUAUUUGGCGAGUGUUCGGAGAGUUUAUUACAUGAGGAUGUAAGUCCAAAGAUUAUUAAAUCUGAUAUAAAAAAUGAUGACCUUCAUAUUACUGAGUGUAAAGAGAAUCUCAGUGAGAACAGCAAGCAGAUAGUACUACCACAAAGUCACUACCAUGAAUAUCAAGAUCUGAACAUAUCAGCUGAACAUUUAUUACAGCACCGUCAUAGUGACUGGACUCUAGCUAAUGAAAACAUGACUGACAUAACAGAGAAUGAGUCCUUGUAUGAGAACUCUGAUAAUGUAUCACUCUCUGAAAGUUCUCCUAAGCUGGUUGUCUAUGGAUCUAGUAAGGAUGCUUUGAAGAAAGUAAUACACAAUCAAAUUUUCUUCCCAAAGAAUGAUCAACUAGGAUACUUGAAGAGUGGAAAAAUUACUGAUCAGGAUAAUGUGAACUCCCUGACAACAUUCUUAUCUGACAAAUAUUCCACCCAAGAACAACUUGCCAAUUAUUUUGAUGAGCUCGACAGGACCAGGUGUAAACUAAUGCAAGAUAUCCUAAAGAAAGAUGACAAAAUGGAUCAAUUAAAGAAAAAAAUUGAUGUGCUAGAAAGUGAAAUAAGGUACAUCAACAGAGAAAACACAGUAUUAACAAAUAUCCUAGCGAACUGCAACAAACGGGAAAGUGAUUUGGACAUCAUGGAACAAGAAAUCCAGAAAAAUAAAGAAAUCCAAAAGAAGGAGAAAACCUGUCAAAAAUUCAGACGUGAAGAACAACAUUUGGAGAUGUCUGCUGAGGAAAUUUUUCUCAAGGAAAAGUGUGCUGAAUUAAGAGAGAAAAUUCAGAAAAUAGUUACUGAAAUAACAUCACUGAAAAAUGUAACUGACAAACACAGACAUGAGUAUGAAUGUGCAGUAAUGGCACAGAAACAAGCUGGAGAGAGAAUUAGUUUUCUGAAGGAAAAGAUCUUGACAGCAGAACAAGAAUGUAGAAAGGCAAAUUUAGUAAAAGAAGAAUAUGCUGAGAAGGAGCAGCAAAUAAUUUUAUAUGAACAACGUUUAAAUGAAGCCCAAAAUGAUUUAGAAGAACUGAAGACUAUGGUGCAAGAACAAGCAUCUCAAGCUGAGAGCUAUAAGAAUAAGUAUCAUCAGGCUGAACAAGAACUUGAAGAACUGAAACGCAAACUUGAAACUACAGAUGCACAAAAUAAGCUUAUGAUAAACAGUGCUGAAUCUGAAGUACAAAGAGUAAAGGACAAGAUUCAAGAAGAGCUUCAGAAUCUGAACUCCUUAACAGAAGAAAUGGAAGAAGCACAGACUAAAUUACAAGAAGAAUCUCAAAAACGUUAUUUGACAGAGCAGGAAUGCGAGGAACUGCUGAAACAAGUACAGGAGAUUAAUGAGAAGAUAUGCCACUCUGCUAAGGAGCUAGAUUUACAAAAGAAUAAUCUCCAACAAAAUGAAAGACAUAAAGAAAGUUUGAAAGAAUUACUGAAAGAUGUGACAAGAAGAAACAGUGAGCUCAGAGAUGAAAUUGGUGUAUUCUGUUCUGAAAAUUUUCGUUUAAAAGAAAUGAAAGAGCAAGUUGAAAAACGUUCUUUGGAGAAAGCUGUUGAGCUGGAGAAAUUAGCAGCACAGAUAGCAGAUGUAGAUCAAGGAUUUUCAGUGCGACUGAAAAGAGAAAAGGACAAUGGUGAACAGAUGAAACACCAAAUGGAAAAAGAAAUUGGUGAACUGGAGAGAGAUAUUGCAAUGCAUCGUGCUGCAGCAACCAAAGCUCAGGAAGAGAAAGAAGAGAUAAAGCAGAAGAUGCAAGCACAAAUUACACAACUCACAAAAAAUCUUGAAGAAUCUCAGCAAAGAAUUGCUGAUCUUCAAACUCGUGUUGCUCUUCUUUACUGAAGUUAUUGAAGAAUGAAAACAGUGAUCUAUAACCAACAGCCUGAAGAAUUAAUUCAGUCAUUUAAUAGCAGACAAUUACUAUAAGUUUAAAAGCAUGUAUACUUUUAAUCUCAGUAAAUGUACUGUCACAUCUGU